AUGGACAGCAGCAGCAGUAAAGACGCUGUAGAGCACCUCCCCCAUCUUCCCGUAGCAACCACGAGCCACGAAGAGGACCAGGGCGACAGCGCAAAGCUGAUUGUGAUGAAUUACGGCAAGUGGAAGGACUCGAAGGUCCUGACUGACGUGCUGCAGGCGAAAGGGAUCGAGUUUUUGAAAGUGCAAAAAGCACGGCAAUUGUCCUUUGGGUUCGUGCACUUUCACUCUAAGGAGGAGCGGGCCAAGGCCUUACCCAAGUUACAGGCAAUUGACUGGCACGGAGAGCCGUUGGAGGUGAAAGAAGCGCUGCCCAAGCGAAGUAUGAAGCCCAUGCGGCCACGAAAAAGUCACGAUGAGCAGGAUACAGAAGCAAAAGAGGAGGUUCAUUCGGACCAAAAUCAGCAGAACGUCAAAGCGCGUGACGUGCGUGAUGUCGUGACGCCGUGGGCCAAUGUGCCGUACGAGGAGCAGCUGGAGCGCAAGGAGACCGAGAUGAAGAAAGUUUUGAUGAAGAUUGUGCGCCAAACGAGGAAAGAGUUUGGCAAGAAAGAAAAGCGCGUGGCGCAGGAUCAACGCAAAGUUGCCAAGAAGAAACAGCGGUUGGCAGCAGCGGCAAAACGAGCGGAGGUAAAAGAGACGGAAGCGAUGGCAAAAGUGGCCGACGCGUACACGGAUGAUGCCAAACCGCAGUACGCGUUUUUGGUCCCCAAGUGGCUCAUUAGUUAUGGAUCGCUAUACGUUGUGGCCAACGACGUGCUGUACUCGCGCCCUCAUGAAGGAGAUGCAGAUACGCCGUGGACACGUGUUACAGAUGCUGUCGACAUGGUGGCUAUCAUAUCGUUUGGCAGCGACCUCGUGGGCAUCAAAACGGAUAACGUACUGUACGCUCUGAAACCGGACCUAUCUUCGAUCGAUGGAUUGUCGUGGCAGAUGAUCUGUAGGGGGCCUGAUGAAGUGCACAUCACGUCACUGGCUUCGUUGCGUGGCUCGUUGCUCGGAUGUAGUAGCGAUGGCAAGAUUUACAAACAGGAAGGCAGAGGCAGCUUUGCGUCGGGUAAAUGGAAGCUACUGGGUGAAGUGCCAGGUGCGACCCUUAUUGGCAUCCACAAUGGCUUUCUGUAUGCACAUAACCCGGCUUUGGACAAUGGCGCAUCUUGGUCGCGUGCCCCGCUUAACGCGUUUGCACUGGAGGCUCUGGUAUUUGAAAUAUGUGCGACACCAAUGCCUAAGUGCCUCGGUAUCUCUUCGCACAACACGCUGAUUAGCGUUCUAACUUCUGAAGCUCUUCAGUUUGUGCAGGAAGAUGGCAUACUAAAGGCUAGCGUACUCUUACCAACGGAUAUAAAGGGAGCAAGAUUUACUGGCUUUGCGAGCCACAAAGGCUUGUGCUGCCCUAUCAAUUCCAUCUGCGCCUCCCCAGAGACCGAAGGCUACCGCAACAAGUGUGAGUUUAGCUUUGGCUUUGACAGUGAAGACCAGCCUUGCGUCGGUUUCCGCCUGGGCCUUUUUCGAGAAGGCUCGGUGGUCGUCAGCAGGCCUGAUUUGUGCGUGAACGUAUCGACCGAGAUGAAGGCGGUGUGUGCUGUUAUGCAAAACAUAUUGGAGACGUCGGAUAUACCUGUGUACAGUGUUACCACGAAGAAGGGUGUGUGGCGUGUGCUGACGGUCCGCCAGAGUGUCAUCACGGGUGAACUCAUGAUCAUGAUGCAAGCAAACCCGACAGGCCAAUUGCCUGAACAGCGAGCUGCGAUCAAAGAUUUGAUCGUGCAGCGGUUCACUGAUGAAAGCAAUUCUUUCAAGGUGACCUCCAUCUACUUGCAAGAAUACGAUGGUCUGUCGGCUCCAUCGGAUAACGACCCGGUAGAACAUGUGUUUGGCAAGACGAAGCUUGAGGAGCACCUGCUGGGUAUGCGCUUCUCGAUAUCCCCGACCGCCUUUUUUCAGGUCAACACCCGUGGUGCCGAAAAGCUGUACUCGCUGGUUAAGGACUACGCUAACGCGGACGAGCACACGUUGCUAUAUGAUGUCUGUUGUGGUACUGGCACGAUUGCAAUUUGUGCGUCACAGGGUGUCGGGAAGGUCGUAGGAAUUGAAAUUUGCAAAUCUGCGACUAACGAUGCCGAGGUGAAUGCGGAGCUAAACGGUGCAAAGAACGUGAGCUUCAUUAACUCGAAGGCUGAGAAUGUGAUGAAGAACUUACUGCAAAAGAAGCGCGAUGAGAGUGAAAAGCAUUUGAACCGUGUCGUGGCUAUCGUAGAUCCGCCACGUGCUGGUCUUCACCAUCAAGUGCUACGCGCGCUGCGUGCAUGCCCACCGGUAGAGCGCAUCGUGUACGUGUCUUGCAAUCCGACAGUUUCGCUGGUGCGAGAUGCAGUAAUGCUGUGUGGUCCCGGCUCCAACUCCCUUCAGGGUCGGGCUUUUGAGCCUGUUCACGCCGCUCCUGUUGAUAUGUUUCCCCACACACCGCACUGCGAGAUGAUCAUCGUGUUCGACCGCGUCAAGGCCGAGUAA